AUGACAUGGCCCGUGACUCAUCUCCUCGCCGCCGCCGCCAUCAUAAUAUUGCUGCCGCCGGCGGCCCUCGCCGGCUGCACGUGCGAGGCGGAGGACGAAUACCGCGACAAAGCCCUAGCGCUCCGCUACAAGCUAGCGGCCCUGGCCUCGAUUCUGGUGGCCAGCGCCGCCGGCGUGUGCCUCCCCGUGGCGGCGAAGUGGUUUCCGGCGCUGAGCGCUAAAAGCAACCUUUUCUUCGUGGUGAAGGCGUUCGCGUCCGGCGUGAUCCUCUCGACGGGGUUCAUCCACGUGCUGCCGGACGCCUUCGAGAACCUGACGUCUCCGUGCAUCCCCGAGCACCCGUGGGGGGAUUUUCCGUUCACCGGGUUUAUUGCGAUGGUGGCGUCGAUCGGGACGCUCAUGGUGGAUACGUACGCGACGUCGUAUUAUAGGCGGCGGGCUAAUGCGAAGGCGGCCGACGGAGGCGGGGAUGAGGAGAUGUUGGCGGCUGUGCGUGACCAUGGUGUGCAUGGUCAUGCACACCGCGGCGGGCUGGUGUCGUCAGACUCGGAGGAUUCUGACGACUCCGAGCUACUUCGCCACCGUGUCAUCUCUCAGGUGUUGGAGUUGGGGAUUGUUGUACAUUCUGUAAUUAUUGGAAUUGCAUUAGGAGCUUCCCAAAGCCCAUCGACAAUAAAGCCUUUGAUAGCUGCAAUGACUUUUCAUCAAUUUUUUGAAGGCAUUGGUCUUGGAGGAUGCAUAAGUCAGGCAAAGUUUAAUGUACGUGCAGUAGCAAUAAUGGCGGUUUUCUUCUCCCUCACAACGCCGGUAGGUAUUGCCAUAGGUAUUGGAAUAGCCAACAUUUACAGCGAGACGAGCUCGACAGCCCUCAUCGUUCAAGGUGUCUUCAAUUCAGCAUCGUCCGGCAUACUAAUAUACAUGGCAUUGGUCAAUCUUCUCUCCGCCGAUUUCAUGAGCCCUAGGCUCCAAAACAAUGGAAAACUUCAACUAGGGGCAAAUUUAGCACUUCUUCUUGGGGCAGGGUGUAUGUCUUUUUUGGCUAAAUGGGCUUAA